AUGAAAUUUAAUGGAAUGCACCUCAUGUAUCUCGAAAUGAAACUAAAAAGUACGGUAAAGUUUUCGCCAUUUGUCUGGGAGAAAAACCAGCCCUAGUUGUAGCAGAUCCGAAGUUACUUGAACAUACUAUGAUCAAGGAUUUUCCGAACUUUCGCAAUUCUUUCCAGUUUGUGAAACGAACACCUCCGAUUCAGCAGAAGCAUCGCAGCUGCAAGAGAUGAGACCUGGAACGGAAUCCGUAGGACGCUGACACCCACAUUCAGUGCUGGGAAGAUGAAGUUAGUGGUGUCGUUGAUCGUGAAUUCGUGUGAUACGCUUGUGGAAAAACUUGAUAAAGUGGCUGAUUCAGGUCAGAUAGGAAAAUCUGCACUAAUCCACGAGAAGAUUUUUAUGAGAAAAUUAUUACUGUCACUGAAAUUGUAUUGCGGGGGAAAGGAAAAGAAAGAAAACAAGAAGGGCUCGUAAAAGCGUACAUUUAUAACUUCCUACUCAGACGAUAUUUUGGCGCGUCACGCACUCUUCAAAAUUGUGUGAUGAACCAUAGAAAGUAGGCAUACGAGCCCAGGGAGAUGACAGAGAAAAGCAGGAUUGUAUCCAGCCUUUAGGGCCCGUAGGCCAGACAGUCUGUAGUACAAUUUUUUUCCGCCCGCUCCACUUUAAUAACACACCUCUUGGACAUGUUAAAAUAAAAAUUGUAAACAAAAAAAGCAAUUUGGACCUACUACUCCCCUGGAGGGUGUCUUAAAUCUCAACUCUACAACAGACAACCUAUGCAAAUUCCGUAAGGUGCGGUUUGAAUUGCUUCGGCAGCUUAAUUUACACUAUAGUAAUGUCCCCAGAGGUCACGCUAUCUUAGGACUUUUCGGAUGAUCCCCGGGAGGGGGGACACUAGGGGCUAAUGGUGAUGUGCCACUAGACGAGGACGCAUUUCGCGGCUUGAUUGGCUACAAUGAUGUUGUUUUUUUAACAGAGUUACUAAAAUGAGGUCGUACAUUUUUAGAAAUUUUGAGGAGAUUUACGGUCAAAAAGUUGUUACCGCACUGUCAAAAGUGACUAAGAUGGGUUCUUAAAUUGGCCACACUAGAGAUUAUGGUCGGGCGGGGCUUCUGAGAGGCCAGCGGCCCAUACUCAGCAAAAAAUUGACAAAACUCUCCCCCCCCCACCCUAUUCUUCGAUGAUCCACUGAUGCGCACGAUAAAUUGGCAGAUUUCUGAGCAUGAGCAGUGGAUUUUAUGCUUUUCAAAAUCGUUAAGGCAUGCCGUAUCCUACAGCGUGCAUUAUUAAUUUCUUUCUCACUGAACAUCUUUCUCACUAAACGAGGGUGUCAGGAUGUUGUGGAUCUGCUUCCACGUCUCUUAGUGCGCGAAGAACACGGCUGAGCUUACCGGCUGUGGAGAAGUCGGAAUCAUUCGGUUGAUCUGCUGCGACUAGAGAUGGUAUCUUACGAAGGGAAACUAUGAAGACUUAGCUGUAUUUCAAACCCUGGGAAAGCUGUCGAAAAACGGCUGAAGAAAAAAAUAUUAAAUUUGAGCUAAAAAACUCUUGUUUAGCGAUAAGUUUAUAGUCGUUAACGAAUAAAUGUUUUGUUCACGAUUGAUUGGAUUCUUGCGAAUAUUUAUUUCUCAAGAUUCCAAAAGUCAUUAACCACGCCAAGUAGCACUUGUGUUUAAGACCUCGGAAGAUUCCUACUGAAAUUAAGAGGCCAAAGAAAGAAUGUUCAGCUAGUAUAGACUUGCGCGGCUGUUUAUGUUUCACCACUUUCUAGUGUUCCUUUAGUCGAGAAGCAAUUUUGAGUGUGGACUCACCAAUUUCGAUCAUGCCAUCACAAUCUCGAUAGGGAAUUGAAUCAAUAUCAAUAUAGUCUGACCUUUUAGGAGAUGAUUUCAUCAAAUUCAUUUUUACUUAGAUUAUGUUUGUUGUGGAGACGCGGUAUGUCUCGCUUGGUAGUCAGAGCUAGUAGUAUUUUUGGUAAAUGGCGAAAUCUCAGGGCGAGGUGCUUUAAGUACGAAUCCUAACCUUUUUCUGCAACCAAGUUUUAGCUAGAGGUGUCACCUCCCACCAUGCUACAAGGUAGAAGGGACAGUUUCUGCUAUAAUUUUUCUAUAGGCCCCAUUUAGACCAAUCUACACUUUUAUUAGAUCUCGUGACGAUCCAGAUGAUAAGAUACCCCUUCAUAACUUGCAGAAGACGCCAUAUUCAAAUAUUAUUGAAGAACGUCAUUCACACUUACGUCGAUCCAUUCUUUCUCUUCUUUUAAUUCAGCCUGCAGUGAAUAUGCCUGCUGUGUUUAAUGCGAAAAUCAGAUCAAUCCGUAUAGCAAUAUUGUGCUGAGCUGCGAAUGAAAUUUAUGUGCGGUAUGAAACGGGAAAAACGCUUUACAAUCGAAUGUAACUAUUAUAUCUGACAUGACACAGUGAUAAAAUUUCAUUAGUCAGGUUAUAGAUCACGCGUUUCUCUUUGUGCCCUUUGCUCCACUCUUCUAUUCUCUUUGACGCAAAUAGUAACCGCCCACAAAAUUACGGUGUUCCCAAUUUUACAGAAGAAAAAUAUCAAAUGCGUAAUUUUUGCAGUGUCAUUCAUGCAGUGUUACUCUUGUUUCCCAAAUUAGAAAUAGCAACGCUACUGGUAAUAAAUAUCGAUGACCCCUUUUGACCCCGAUGACGACAUCAGAUAUAGGAAACAAUAGGAUAAACAAAUCACGUAGACUGACUCCGCAACUCAGCUUAUCAUUGGACCAUUUGACUUCACUGUGAAUUUACAUAAAUUGCGAUUUCGCAACGAUUCUUAUUCAAAAGUUAUUGUAAUUGUAAUUCACUUAGUUGCCCCAGUGCAUCGGUUUCUGGUCGUCGCAGGAACACGAGGUGAGUUGAAGCUAUCACCAGCUGGAGACCGUGAUUCAAUUUUAUUUACUGCGAAUGAACAGUGGCUCGACUGCAAUAAAUUGAAGUUUAGUGUUCGUGAUGUUGACUAUUUCUGUAAACAAAGGAACAGUACAGAUUUAGCUGAGUUCCUCUUCUCUUAUUCUAGACUCACUAAAACGCUGCAACAUUUAACACAAAGAGAACCUGAGCGAUGAACGUCCUUCACCAAAUUCUUCCAAUGGAGGAACUCGCUCAUCCUUCCAGCAUCGUCUCUAUUUUGCUCCUUGUAGUUUUGUUUCUUUACUGGUAUGGAACGCGCGGCUUUGCAAACCUCAAGAAGCUUAACGUUCCUGGUCCUAAACCUGUUCCGUUUAUCGGCAACUUUCUCGAAGCGAGAAAAUACGAGGGAAUACAACUCAUGCACGUUGACUACAUGAAACGGUACGGCAAAGUAUACGCCAUCUGUUUGGGCGAAAAACCUUCGCUGGUCGUUGCAGAUCCGGAGUUACUAAAACAGAUUAUGAUCAAGGAUUUUCCAAACUUUCGCAAUCGUUUUCAAUUUAUGAAGCCGACUCCUGCGUUCAGCAGAAACGUUUUGAAUGCAAGAGAUGACACAUGGAAGAGAAUCCGUAACACCCUGACCCCUACAUUUAGUGCUGGGAAGAUGAAAUUGAUGGUGCCACUAAUCGAGACUUCGUGUAAUACGCUAAUGGAAAAACUUGAUAAAAUUGCUGAUUCAGGUGAGAGAUGGAGUAUUGCAGAAAUUGUACUGUAAUUCUCCUCAAUUAUGAACUGUUUAACUGAGACAAAAUCUAGAAUUAUUCGCAAAAAUCGAAUAUCUUAAGAAACGCCAAACGGUAGGAGAUUACGAUAUUGUUUGAUAGCAAAUAGAUUCGUCAAAGCCUGGCCUAACGUCACGAAAGCUAGUCACGCAAUCCUUAUCACUGCGAAACGUCAUCUUGCCGUAGAAAGUAUAUGUUAUUAUUGCAUCGAAAGUCAUUUUAAAAUAAUUGUCGGUCUGCAACUGAUAAGGCCCAGGAAACUUCAACAGCGUUAGCCGUGUAAAAAGGUUAAUACUCAUCAUGCACUGCAAGCUACGCGCCCAGGCUUCUUUUACAGGACAUUCGAAUGAUAUUGGUCCUCAUGCUCCGGUAAUCACUUUGGAGCUAUACGGUGAAACUUUCUUUUUGGAUAAAGUUUUCUCUUUUGGUGUACUUGCUCGGGUGGUUACAAAGAUGUGCGCGCUCUGACUGGUCAAGGAUUGCGUCAUAUCUUACCACUAUCGCCUUGAGCGAGAUGUUUACAGCCAAAGUCAAUAGAGGAGACUAUUAACUCUGACAUUCCAAGCUAGGGCGUUGCACUUUUCGGAUUGAACUGGUCGCAUUCAGCUUCCUAUUAGACAAUUUGAUCCUGUUAAACACUUUUUUUGCACUUUUUCUCAUUCCAUCGCCCUGCGAAUUGUUAUUUUCUUACUCUAGAUUACUUUUAGCCUGCGAACCAUACUUACUUUUCGGAUGAUUUGGUGUUGAGAAAUUCGGCUUCAGCACUCGAUACUCUCUAGCCAUAAGAUACGCAUGAAAAGCACUCUUACUCACUUUUCAUUUUUUUUCCGUGAAUUUUCUUAACAGGUGAGAUUAUAGACAUGCUUGACUGGUUUAGUAAGCUGACCCUCGAAGUCAUUUUGUCGACUGCCUUUGGCGUGGACGCAAAGAUUCAACUGGGUGAGAACACCGAAAUGCUGGAGAGAGCGAAAGCAAUCUUUAAAGUUCCAAACACUGUUCGACAGAUGGCUCGCCUUCCGUUUGGCAACUAUUUACUUAGGCUGUUAAUGCGGCUUUCAGGAAUUAAGUCGAAUUAUUUUGAAGGCGUUGUCGGAGAGAUCAUCAAGUCCCGUCGCCAGCAAGGGCUCAGUGUGCGAAAAGACCUGCUUCAACUCAUGAUGAAUGCUAAUGAUGAAACCACAGUCGAAGGGGUCAGCAGGCUUUCUGAUGAAGAGAUUGUAGCACAAUCUAUUGUCUUCCUAUUAGCUGGAUAUGAAACGUCGAGCAACACGUUGGCAUUUACCCUGUAUUUCCUGGCUGUAAACCCGGAUGUGCAAGACAAGCUGAGGAAAGAGAUAAGCGAGGCCCUCGAGUCUAACGCUAAGAAACCUUUGUACGAUGUCGCCCAGAAUAUCGAGUUCCUCGACUGCGUCAUCAAAGAGGCUCAACGAUUAUGUCCGCCAGCUGCCCAAAUCAACAGAGAAUGUUCUGAAGAUUAUGACCUCAAUGGCAUCCACAUUCCUGCUGGAACGGAGAUAAUCAUUCCAAUAUAUGCCAUACAUCGUGAUCCAGAUGCCUGGGAGGAGCCGGAAAAGUUUGAUCCGGAGAGGUUCCGUGGACCAUCCAAAGAUGCUCGCCAUGCCUUCCAGUUCAUACCAUUCGGUGCAGGGCCAAGAAACUGCAUUGGAAUGAGGUUUGCUCUGUUGGAAAUCAAGGUUGCCCUGGUCAGGAUUCUGGUGAAAUACAAGUUUGUGCAGUCACCAGAGACACGAGUUCCUUUAGUCAUACAUGCUGGUGCUACUUUGUCAGCAAAAGAUGGUGUGUGUGUUAGGGUAGAGUCCGUAAUUUGA